AUGUUGCUUAGUGGUGAUACCUUUUGUUCAUUAAUCUAUUUCUCUUCCUCCUCCUCCUCCUUCUUCUUCUUNUACCGGAGGGAAUUCAAUAAGAUCCCAAUUCUCAGAAAGUUGCUUAAGGUUUUAGAGUAUCUGGCUGUGAGAGAGAUUCUUUCGCAUGAGCACAUUAACGGAGGUCCCUCUAGACACGGAGUUGAGAGCUUUAGGGACUCAAUUUUGCGAUUGACAGAUCACACUGACAAACAGGUUCAUCAAAUUGCAAGGAACUUCAGAGAUAGGUGGAUACCUAGACCUCCCAGAAAAAGUAGCUGCAUUGACAGAGAUGACAGCCAGAUUGAGCAUCCUUCUCCACGGUACAAUAGGUGUACACCAUUACAAGACCAUUGUGGUGAUUGGAGUAUGAAACCUUCAGAAACAGAAGAAUGUACCUGCCAUAUAAUGGUAGAAUCUACUACAGCAGAUGCUGGUAUCCUUGAUGGCUCAUCUACUUCAUGUGUUGUUGGGGCACCCAAUGGGGCAAGGAAACGUAAGCGUAAGAGUCGAUGGGAUCAGGAGGCAGAAUCAAGUUUUGAUCAAAGAACUGAAACCAAUAUGGCUGAUGAUCGAACACAGGACAUAAAUGAUGUCCCCCCUGGAUUUUCACUCCCCAUGAAGGCCACUAGAGUCUCAUGUGGUGCUUCCUCAGGUGCAGCUUGUAGUCUACAAGAACAUAGUUGCAAGAAGCAUCCACAUCCAACGGUCACAGGGUAUUUGCAGCAUAGGUUUAUUUCACGAUUGCCAGUCUCUUAUGGAAUUCCAUUUUCCAAAGUGCAGCAGUUUGGGUCAUUUCAAAAGGAAAGACGUGAUGUUUGGGAUGUUGCCCCAGGAGUACCUUUCCAUCCUUUUCCUCCUUUGCCUACAUAUCCCCGUGAUAGAAGAGAUUCCAUGUCUUCUGCUGCUAGUGCUGGAAUUUUUAGCGAGCCACCUCAAAAUGCUGGACAAGAUUGCCAUUCUUGUUCUCCGGGCCACUCUGCUCAUAAUCCUCCAUGCCUAUCCGGGGCAAACCUCUCGCAAGACGUUGCAAAUACCCAAUUUGGUUUAGAACGAACUGGGGGCUAUCAUAAUUUGGGAAGGAAAUAUUUUCGGCAGCAAAAGUGUAUUAACUCAAAAAGGCCUCCUUGGGGAAGAAGUGGCUGGGGGUGCACUGGAAACAACUUAAAAGAUAGUAUGUGCAGUGUAGGUGUAGCAAGCAAAGAGAAUGAAUCUAGGAGUUCCCAUAACCCUAAAAUGGAGAAUUUGGGGCAUACUUCUCAACAGAAUCAUUCACAACAGACAUAGCUUUAACUUCCAUAGGCAAAAGACCUCAGGAGCCUCCAAGUUUUUCUCCAGUGCUCCUUUGUACUUGUAUUCUUUGCCACCAACAGAAUUGUAAAGAACUUAUUCCCUUUUAUUUGUUAAGGUUAAGGAUAAAAAGAUACUCUGAUACGACGAUGUGCUGCACUGGCAAUAUCAUUAUUCAUGCCUUACAGAGGUACCCUUCCUAAUUCUUUUUAUUAUUACUUGAUGGGAAGUACUGUCAGAGAAAAUUGAUUUAUUUAUGUUACUGCAUUGUAAUUGUUACUGUAGUUUUGUGGAAAUGUAUGUUCUUUACACUGAAAACUGAUCCUGCUACAGGCAUUUUAGUA